GUUCUCUCAAAAUUCCUGUGAUAACAUAAUUGAAGGAAUAUAUUUCUUGAAAACUUGCAUAAAGUUCUAGAAAAACAAAUUCUGUGCUCUAGGAAAUUUUUAAUUUCCCUUUAGAUUCUCACUAGUUUACAGUUAAUUCAUAAUCUUAAAGUGGGUUCUGUUUUUGUAUUGCAGUGCUUAAAUGCUCACAUUUGCAUUUAUAUUGUGCAUGUUAUUAUAUGUGACACGUGCUUGAGACACGUGUGCUAUAGUUUUACGGGAAAUUAAUCAGUAAUGAGCUUAUGAUUACGUAUUCUUAUUCAUUUACAUUCCACCUGUCAAAAAACUGUAAAAUUCAAUAUGAGUCACGCCUUUAUUAUUAAACAGAUGUUGGCUGGCGGAAAGUACAUAGUGUAGCGUCUCGAUAUCGUUUAGAGAAACUUGUUAUUUUUUGUUAAAAUAAAAUAUUAUAUACUGUUAUUCGUCGAUCGCUUGUUACUGUCAUAGACAUGGAAAAACUGUUAGACAAAUUCUACCUGCAAGCCACUACAAAAGACUUCUACGAUAUGCUUGAUCAAAACCAUAAAGGCAGGGAAUAUUUGCCAAAUGAAAAGAUGAAUUCCCAGAAACUUUUGAAUGAUUCGAAACAAGCGUUUAAAAGAGGAAAUUUAGAUGUUGCGGAAAAGUUUGUUGGAAAAGCAAUACAAAGACAAAAGAUUGAAGAUGCUUCAAGUGAAAUAAAUCCAGAGUUGUAUUAUCACUUGGCUGAAGUUCUACAGCAAAAAGCAACUAAAGCUACCUUGGAACAACUUGAAAGACAAAAACUAUUGCUCCAGGCCACAGCACUUUACAUGUUUGUGAGAAAUUGUUUCAACAAAAGCUCUAAGAAAAGUGAGCUUGUUAUGAAUAUUUCAAAAUGUUUACCUCAGAAAAUCUUGGAUGUUCAACAUAGCAUCAUUCAAACUGCAUCAGGAAACCCAUCUACAUGUAAAUUCAAUAGUGAAAGUAAGCAAAAAGCUUUGAAAGAACUACGAGAAGAGGCCAAGGCUAGUUUGGAAGAAAUAAACGAUAAAUACGAUGCUGAAACAGGAAGUGAUGAAGACCUUCGAGAAAUGUUUAUUAAACAAACUCCUGACGUAAAGAUUCUGUUCAAAAGAAUUGCCACCAGGGUAAAACAGCUUUUCGUUGAAAUUAUUGAAGAAUGUUUUGAUGUGCUGGGAAAGCCACCAUGUGACUACGAAGUCAUGCUUCUAGGUUCAUUAGCUAGAGAAGAGAUGACACCAUAUUCCGAUAUAGAGUGGGCAAUACUAACUAACUCUGAAGAAGAAAAAUGUAAAACAUUCUUUCGUACUUUUACAAAUCUUGUUAACUUACAGAUAAUCAUGAUUGGUGAGACUAUUUUGCCUUGUAUGGACAUUAAGGUGUUAAGAGGAGAUUGGUUUUAUGAUGACGUAACACCACGUGGACUCUCCUUUGAUGCUUUCCUACCUCAAGCAUGCAAGACACCAUUGGGAAAUGCAGUGGAUUUUGAGCUCAUUCAUACUCCAAAGAUAAUGGCAAUUUUUCAAAGUAACUACUGGCAUAAGAACAACCCACACUUAGGAGAUAUUUUGUUGACUGUUGCCCCACUCCAAAACGACAAACAAACGUUAUUGAAUGAAUACAAAAAGAUUGUUGAGAAGAUUUUGCGUGAACCUUGUGACUUAGAGAAUUGUACUCAUAGUAACACUGUACCGACCAAGGGAUCUUGCAGAGGACACAGCAUCCUAUUAAAGGAUGUUACACAAUACGGACAAACGAUGUUGGAAAUUGAUCAAGCUAAAGACGGUAAAUUGUAUGAUGUAAAGAAAGAAAUCUAUCGAUUGACAGACCGCGUUAUCGCAGGACUUUCAAAAGUUUUUCGUAUCGCCACGAAUGGCUCUUUUAAAGUUCUCGGUGAUUUGUAUGAAAGAAACGUGAUUUGCUCUAUUGCAAAAGAUAACCUUUCAAGUGCUGUAGCAAUUGCAUUAAAAUUUAGACUUAGUACCUAUCUUUUAGCUGAAAAACAGGCUGAGAGUAUGGACACAAGUUCAAAUAAUUGCAGUGAUGAAACUGUAAUAGAAAACAACGGAUUACCAACUUACGAUAUUACUAGAAAGAAUGAAUUAUUUCAUUUUUUCUUUGUAUCAAAUCCACUCUAUGAGUUGUUGCGGGAGUUUAGUGCCGGCAACAGAAUGAGAUCAGAAGAUUUGGUGCAUAAUUCAUUCUUUGAUUGCUGUGAUAUAAAUAAAGGGCAUAUGCAUUGUCGGUUGUUAAACUACGUUGAUGCUUUAGAAUAUUACAAGCGUGGGCUCAAAGUUGACCCUGAAAACAUUGACUUGAAGAUUCGACGUUUGAGAAUUGAAUAUCAUUUGAGCAAGAGCUCCAAUAUCGUUCUUUCGAGUAAAGAAGAAUUGAAUGCUUUACGUCAAGAGAUUAGCGAAAGACUGCAAUUCAACUCAGAUGACUUUGUCAGACCAAAAAGCAACAAAGCUACGGAGGCCACAACCAAAAAGGGUAAAAAAAAGUUAUUGAGCCAGUUGGUUGAUGUGCAUAUUUUUCAUGUGUCAUGUUGCAUGGUUGAAGGGGAAGGGGAAAUGGCAAGAGCAAGUCUCGAACAAUGCAAGAGUUUUGAAUCUGAAAUGAAUGAUCUUCAAAAGUUAUCUAUAAGGUUAACUCUUUUAUAUAUAUCUGAAACACAAGUCACGGAGAAAGAAUUUGAUGAGAUCAUGUCCUUAUUUACCGUGUUGAUAAAAAAAUUUGGUAGCAGCAUCACUGGACUUACGUGGUUGAACGAAUUGGGAAAAUCUCUAUUAUAUCAAGAGAGAUUUGUCAAAGCUCGCCAGUGCUUGCAACGAGCAAUGUUGAUGGGGCGUAUUUUGUUCGGUUAUACCAUCAACUUUCAAGUUUUGAAGACUUUGUCCAUGCUUGCAAAUGUUUGCUUUCGCUUAAAGAUGUACGAGGAGGCUAAGCUGUACUCACAGCUAAUUCUCAAUUCGUUACAUUUGUCAAAAGUGCACGUAAGUGUCUCAUUGAAAAGAGAAGUGUUCCACCGACUAGCAAUGAUCAACAAUUUCACAGGCAACUUCGAGGAUGCAAUCCUUUAUUUCAAGAAAGCUUUAAAUUCGAACUCCAGAGGAAAAUGCACAGACUUUAUGGAGGAAUGCUUGAUACAUUGUGGUUUGUCAACUACUUACUUCAAAGUAGAUAAAAUGGCAGAAGCACUACGAUCAGCGUUUGACGCUAAAGGUUGUCUUGUAAAUAUUCCUAACAAACAAUAUAAUGUAUUAAGUGUGUGUUUGGUCUCGAAAACCUUUAUGGAAAUAAGCAAAAAUAACGAAGCAAUGCAGUUGCUGAAGCAGGACUUGCCAAGGAACAUGAUGCUGUUUUCAAAGAGAAAUAUUUAAAUUCUCUUGCACAAUUAUGUUCUCAUAUAGGUCUUACAGAAGAUGCCGAGACAUAUUACAAAACAUCUUUAAAAAUACUGAGAUCUAAGAAUGAAAAUAUUCCAGAAAUCGUGCAAAGACUUCUAGAUAUCACAGAGAUUUUAAUAAAAACCAAUAAAUCUUCCGAAGCAUUUACCUUUCUUUCUAAUACAUCAAAUUAUGUAUUAAAAUUGGUUGAUAACAACCACAAAUGCUCGUGCUUACGAAAGAUGGCCAAUUGCUGGGAAGAGAUCAAGGAGCUUUACAAAGCCCGAAAGUGCUUGGAGCAAGCAGUCAUUGUUUGUGACUUAUCACCAAAAGAUUUAAAGGUGCCAUCAAUCGUUGAAUAUGAUGUUCAUGUUAAGUUGAGUGUUCUGGUGAAGAAAACUAUCACAAGUACAUCAUCAAAUGAUGAAAGUAGCAUUAAGACACAAAUCAAAGAGACAGAGAAGCUGCACUAUGACAGAGCUUGCGCUGCCUUAGAACAACAUUUAGCGACAGGUCAAUGUAACUCACAAACUAUAUUAUUUCUUCAGCAACUUGCCUCGAACUAUCGUUCGAUUGAUUUUAUGGAAGAAGCAGAGAAACUUUAUCUUAAAGCUCUGGAAAUGAGCGAAGUGAUAUAUGGCCCUGAGAACAAAAAUGAGCUAGUUGCUUCCAUACUUUAUGAUCUAGCUUGCAUUUAUUCAUCGAAAAAGGAAUUUGAAAGUGCAGUAAAGUUCAGCCAGCGUUCUCUACAAAUGCAAAUGGUGAUACAUAGUUUAGAUCCUUACCAUAUUGAUAUCAACCAUGAAAUUUUACUCCUAACAGGACUUUUUCUUGAGUAUCCACAAAGAAAACAUUUCACAACAACGAUACAGCAAGUUCUUAUUUUUUGAAAAAACACAUGAAAGAAGAAGCGUUUAUGAACAGUGUGGAAAAAGCAAACUGCUUAACAGACAUGGCACUUUUGUGUUGUUUUUUUGGUGACUUCAAAAAAGCAGAGUCGCUUAGCAAAACAGCUCAAGAUAUUUUUACAACAAUUAAACAGAAUGGUUGUCCCCAUAAGAUUAUUCCCAAAACAAAAAGCUGUGGUCUCAUUGAUUUCUUGAUCAAAAACGUAACAACUGCGUCCAAAAAGGUCCUCAUUAAUCUCUUUAAAUCGUUGUAUUUGCUCAGGAAAAAGCCCAUAUUCGAAACACCCAACCACUUUUCAUCGAUUUACAACGAACUCGUAUUCAUUGGUGACGUUUAUGACAAACUUUAUGCAGCUGAUCCUUUAAAUGAAAUGUCUUUGCCUUUCAAAAUGGUCGAAAUAAUUUCUAAUUUAAAGAAUGUUUCUUUGAACACCAAAUAAACAAGUAAAAACAAUUACAAACAAUGCAAAUAGUAAUAAACGAAAAAUUUAAAGAAAACCAUUUUCCGAUUGAUUUAUUAAAAUUGCAAAACAAAGACAACUGGACCUGUGUUAGUUUCAAUGAAAUUGUGCAUCAAAAUCGAUCCAAAGUUAAAGAUACACACGACAAAGUAUACACUAUAUAAAAAAAAAGUGGACAACCAUCAAUGCAAAACAAUCUGAAGUACACGAGAGAGAUAUAUCAGAGCUUUUAAUGCAAAAUCAAAGCAAUUAAAACUAUAAAUACGCCAAAUAUUUUCUCAUGGAAAGAUUCUGUUGCUGAUAGCUAAUUGGAUGAAAAAGGCGAAUUUGAACAUGAUUAAAAACCAAAAUCGCCUCUUUUUAUGGAUAGCUUUUCCAAGAUGUUGUAUACAGCUGCUGAGUCGGGCGGAAAGCGCAAAAAUAAAGAUAAAGAUAUUUCUACUACGCAGACAUUAAAUUCUCACGUUCGUCGAGUAAUGUUGAUAAGUGAUCGCCAAAGAUUGAUUUGCUCAAUAGACGGCAAACCUAACCAUGCAAAGAUGUAACACGAGGAGUUUCCACUGCAGUAAUUAAAUAUACUAUUUUUUUGUGUGUAA